GAUGGAGUUACAGUAUGUAAGUGGAACUAUUGUAGCUCUUCUGUUACUAGGAUGUGGUUUUUCAUUGCGAAUGUCGAGAAGAAAGAGGCGAAGCAAAGGUGGCUCAAUUGGGUUUCAGAAACAUGGGAAUGGAGACGGACAUCGGGACGUUGCUGAAAGUGACGAUGUCGUUAUUGUUGGUGCCGGGGUGGUUGGCUCUGCUCUUGCUUAUGCUCUUGGCAAGGAAGGGCGUCGGGUUCAUGUGAUCGAAAGAGACCUGUCUGAACCAGACAGGAUUGUUGGCGAACUUCUUCAACCGGGAGGCUAUUUGAAAUUAGUGGAGUUGGGUCUAGAGGAUUGUGUAAAAGACAUUGAUGCACAAGAAGUUUUCGGGUAUGCUCUUUUCAAGGAUGGAAAGAAGACAAGAAUUCCAUAUCCCUUAAAGAAUUUUCGCUCAGACGUUGCCGGGAGAAGCUUCCACCAUGGAAGAUUUAUCCAGCGAUUAAGGGAGAAAGCAUCGUCUUUAUCAAAUGUGAGACUAGAACAAGGUACGGUAACAUCCCUGCUUGAGGAAAAUGGGAUGAUCAAAGGGGUGAAUUACAAGACAAGGACUGGGGAAGCAUCGACUGCAUAUGCUUGCCUUACGGUUGUGUGUGACGGUUGUUACUCAAAUCUCCGACGCUCACUUUGUAAUCCUAAGGUAGAUGUCCCUUCGUGUUUUGUUGGUUUAGUCCUAAAGAACUGUCAACUUCCAUUUGAAAAUCACGGGCAUGUCAUUCUGGCGGAUCCGUCGCCCAUCCUGUUUUAUCCAAUAAGUAGUCACGAGAUUCGCUGUUUAGUUGAUGUACCUGGCCAAAAUGUGCCUUCGAUCACAAAUGGUGAAUUGGCGCAGCAUUUGAAGACUGUCGUGGCGCCACAGGUGCCUCCUGAGCUGCACGAUUCCUUCAUGACUGCAAUUGACUCGGGGAAUGUAAAACCGAUGGCCAACAGAAGCAUGCCGGCCGAUCCUUGUCCCACUCCCGGGGCAGUUUUAUUGGGAGACGCAUUUAACAUGCGACAUCCUUUAACUGGUGGAGGAAUGACUGUGGCUUUAUCAGACGUUGUUGUUCUACGAGAUCUACUCAGACCUUUAAGUGAUUUCAACGAUGCAUCAACCCUGUGCCGAUAUCUUGAAUCUUUCUAUACAAUUCGUAAGCCCAUGGCAUCAACGAUAAAUACACUAGCAGGUGCCCUAUACAAGGUCUUCUGUGCAUCUCCUGAUCCUGCAAGAAAGGAAAUGCGCCAAGCAUGUUUCGACUACCUGAGCCUUGGAGGCAUAUUUUCACUCGGACCGAUUGCAAUACUCUCUGGACUCAAUCCUCGACCACUGAGCUUGGUUCUCCACUUCUUUGCUGUGGCUGUGUAUGGCUUUUGGUGCUUGAUGCUGCCUUUUCCUUCCCCAGACCGCAUUUAUACCGGGGCAAGAUUGAUUUCAGGUGCGUCUGGCAUCAUCUUUCCCAUACUCAAAGCUGAAGGCAUUAGACAGAUGUUCUUUCCAUUCUUCAUGCCGGCGUACUACAGAGCUCCCCUGUUGAGGCAAAUCAUACAGAAGAAAGAACCACGCCCAUGAUCGACGAGAUGUCCCAUUAGCAUUUAUUCUACACAUGUUUCCA